UGCAUCUGACCAAGGUCAAAGUAAAUGGAACACAUACAAAUUUCCGAUCAUGAUCAUGAAAGUCGAAGGUCAUAAGAAAGUCUGUCCGUCUACGGACAAGAUCUAAAGAAUGAGAUUUUCCAAUCAGAUCGAGUUCGUCUCUGAAAGACACGAGGAAACUCGUCAAAUAAAGAUCUCCCGGAUCCUUUUGAUGUGAUCCGUAUCUAUGCGCAGGAGGAUCUUUGGCAUGUUGGUACCGCGAUCCUCUUCCAUUUUCCCGUUUGUAAUUGUAUGAAAAAAUAGAAUUAGAAAUAGAAUAAAGGAUCUGAUGUUGAUCGGGUUCGGGGUUGUGGUUAGAUCAUGUUCAUGUGGCUUUUAAUUUACGAUGUCUGUGCCAGUCGAGUCAGUUGUGUUGCCUGCUGUAGGUCAGUGCGACGCGGUACGAUUCUCGUCGAAAGUGGAUUUUUUAGAGAUGUUGUUCGUUGAUCAACAUUUCCUUUAUCUUCUGGUUCCAAUUCAGCCACGUUGACAGAGUGACAAAGAGGAAGUAUUUUUACGAUUGCGAUUAGGUUCAGCGCGUAGGCCCAGGCGUACAUGUGCAUUCCAUCGAUGGUCGCGAAACACAAGGUCAUCGACGAGAUUAUUUCAAUUUUUACAAUCCAACUGUUGUCGUGAGUGUGACUUCUCAAGUUAUUUGCUUAAGUUCGAACCACUUCCAACUUCAGAACUAUGGCAAAGCUACCCGUUGGUGUAGCAGCAGCGGCACCUCCUCUGAAAUUGCCUCCCCCGGCGAAAAAUCAAAUUGCGUCCGAGGUCGUGGUCCAACCGUGCCAAGAACCUCCGACCUCGACCACGACGCAUUCCUCGGCGGAUAUCUACUUCAAUGCCUGGAAGGGCACAAAUGCUUUCGAGGCGAUGCUGAAGGAUGGCAUCCUGUACCCGACGUACCUGAGAGCGAUCACGAAAAACGCCGACCGCUACUUUAAGGACAAGCUCGUGCUCGACCUGGGGUGCGGGUUCGGGGUUUUGUCUCUCCUCGCCUUGAAAGCCGGGGCGCGGGCGGUGGUUGCGGUCGAAGGUUGCGACGAGGUCCUGUCCGUCGCGGAAAAAUUGGCCGAGGAAAAUUUUCCAAACGGAAGUUGGAGGAAAAAGCUGAAAUUCGUCAAGGGCGGGCUUUUGAAGACGACAGAAGGGCUAAGCGGGAGUAGCUGCAGUUCUUCCUCAACAUCUUCGCGAUCCUCUUUCCAAUUGACAGAAAACCUCGAGACGAUUGAUAAAGUCCAGGAAGCUUUGCGAGACCUGCUGCAGGUAUCCGAUGGUGCAGUAGUUCAACAUGAUCCACCGCAAGCAGCAACAUCUUGUUCCAUUGUCGUGGAAGAUGCUCCUGCAUCAGCUCAGCUACCACGCCCUGACAGCACGACCAAGAAAAUAAACGACGACCACCGGAAAAUGAUGAAAUUCGACACGAUUCUCUCCGUCCCAUUCGGCUCCUGUUUGUUUUUCGACAGCAGACUCGAGGAGGUGGUAAUCGCGCGGGAUUUUUUACUAAAACCGACCGAAACCUCCACACUCGUCCCUGACGCUUGCACCCUUUAUGCGGAGCUCGGCGCCAGCGGGCAGCCGCACUUCAGCUCCUGGAUUCGCGAGGGUUUAGUCGAAGACUGCAAGGGGGAGUACGCGGCGAUCGACUUCUCGCCAUUGGACAAAGCGGCCUAUGAGGAGCCGACGCACACCACACUAUUGGCCAACGCAAACGUGCACCUCAAGACGAGACCGGAGAUGAUGGAGGUAUCAGGGGAGGAAGGAGGAGACGAAGAUAAAGUGGGGAAAGAAACUCGGCACAGUAAGACGAGAAAUAAAGGCGUAAGAGCACAGCAGGAGAUGGGCUUUAAUGCGGAGAGGGUGCUGAGAUUGAAUUUCUACACAAUGACCAGGAGCCAGGCCCGAGGGAAUUACACCGCGGAACUGUUCUUCAAGUCAAAGACGAGAAGGAGCGACAAGUUUGGAACGCACAGUUUCAUGCGGGACAAGAGUUUGGUAACAUCCCUCCGGAGCUUUUCAUCUGGGUCGCACAGCGAGGCUGCGGAGCAUCAUGUUCAUGCUUCUUGCGACCCAGGGGAAGUAGAAGACGUCGUCAUGGGCGAAAAUGACGAUGAGGUGGCGAAGCAGGUGCAGGGCGAUGUCGAGGCACAAGAAGUUGAUGAAGACUACACGAAGAACUUCGAUACGCUGGCGUUUUGGUUUGACGUGCACUUCUUUUCGAACACGACAAAUUGUCCGGGAAUGCACGGUCGCACGACACCAGGCAAAGAGAACUGCCUGGAUGCAGCAAAUGAAGAACAUCACAGCGAAGAUGACCUUUCCCCUUUGUCCCUGCUUUCCCAAUCCCUUCUUUCCCCGACAAACAAUCGCUCCAUUACCUGCACCACGAACCACGUGAAGAGCUGUUUCAAGCAAACGCUGUGCUACUUGCGGCAGCCGAUAAAAGUGACGAUGGUGGACGAAGAAGUUGUUUCAGUACACAGAAAUUCUAACAGACAACGAAAAGCGGCACAACCACCUGAGAAGAUUCGUGUUUUGUUGCGGCAAUUUAGGCCGUUUUUGGAACAAGCAGAGUGCGCGGCAACGGCGAGUCAGCAAAGGCAUGACAGGUCGCCUGGUGCCGCUGGCGAAACGGCAAACGCUUCUACCUUGGAAAAAAAAGGCAAACAAAUGGAAAACCUCCGAACCUUGUCUCUCACCGUCGGCAUUAUGGAGCGGAUCGCUGUCGGGGAGGUGGCGGAGGAGGACGAUAAAGUCUGUGAAGAUGCUGGCGAAGUAGAACAACAGAAGGUCCGUCGUCGGGACCAUUCGGGCAGAGAUCCUGAGGAUUGGGAGGAGCAUGAUGCGGAGGACUAUUAUGAAGAGGAAGACGAGCAGUAUCCUUUUGUCCAGCGAUACAGGAUGAUGGCGAUGUGAAGAUUCAACAUCAGGUGCUGGACUUUCUUCAAGCCACAAGCACAGCUCCACAAGCAAAAUAAUUUUAAUUGUACAGGAAUUUUUUACAAAUUCAAUCAUAAGCUUCGACGACG